AUGGCAGAGGGGCAUUGCUGGCACAUGAUGGCAUAUAUCACAUUGGUGGAUGUGCAGGAAACGGACAGGAACUUCUAUCCAGGUUGGAAUGGAGGGCGGGGGUGAGGUGUGAACCUUGCAGAAGAGUUGGAAAGACUUUGGCCUACUAGGACUCUAUAAGAUGGCUGGGUCACCACUGAUGGAGAAGGUAUUUCAUGCAAACCACUCAAUGAGACGAUUUAUCUGUAUCGCUUAACAAGAUGCCCUGAAGGCAGAUUUUGUGCCAGUCUACAAUGUAGAAGACCACAUAGGAAAGUGCACAUUCUCUUGACUGCACCACGACACUAGAAUCAUCUAAUUAGCUGCUAGUGUUGAUUCUUCAUUGCCGCAAGUAAAUAUGGCUACCAUGCCCCACAACCUGUUCUUCUUACUCCUCCUGAUUCAACCUGAGUUUGGUCUCUCCACUCAUCAUCAAUGGGUUUCUAAGGUUCUACCUUGUAAAAUAAAAGCAAAACAGAAUAGCUCCUCCAUUCUCCUUGAUUGCAGUAAACAAAAGCUGAGAGCAGUCCCUCAGGAAAUAUAUACAAAUGUUACUGGCUUGAUAUUGUCUUUCAACUGGAUUGAAGUGAUUUCUAAGAAGGAUUUUCACAACUUUAAGGACCUUACAUUUUUUAAAUUAAACUGGAAUUGGCAUGUUAAGCCAGAAGAAUCUAAUUUUGAUUUGUCUCCAAAACCUUUACAAAUACUAGAUGCAACUUUUUCAAACUUAAGACACUUACAGGAAUUACAUCUUAAUGGCAAUCAGCUAACCAGAGUGCCUGCAGGGAUUUCACCGAGCAUUACUUCGCUAAGUCUAAAGUCCAAUAACAUUGUUACUAUUAGCAAGAACACUUUCAAAGAACUCACAAAAUUGAAGGAACUCUAUAUGGACCAGAACUGUUACUAUGGUAAUGAUUGUGAAAAACCUUUCAACAUGGAAGAAGGGGCUCUUUCAGCCCUCACCAGUUUGACUGUGCUGUCACUUUCCUACAACAACUUGACCCGGGUGCCACCCAAACUGCCUGUGUCACUACAAGAACUUUAUUUGAGCCAUAACAAGAUAAAGAACAUCAGUCAAAAUGAUUUUAAGAAACUAGUUCAUCUAAAAGUUCUUGAUUUAAGUGGGAACUGUCCAAAAUGCUUCAAUACACCUUUUCCUUGUGAACCCUGCACUGGAAACUCUGCCAUUCAAAUACAUCCUCUGGCUUUCCAGAAUCUUAAAAAAUUAAAGACUUUGGUUCUAUCCAGCAUGUCACUCACUAGUGUACCCGCUAUUUGGUUUGAAAACAUGCCAGAGCUAGAGGUGCUGCACCUUGCAUCUAACUUCUUAAUGAGCGAAAUAGCUACUGGAAAAUUCUUGCAGAAUUUAUCUUCUUUAGAGGAACUUGACCUAUCUUUCAACUACCAGAAACAAAUAUACUCACGAUAUCUAAACCUCUCAACAUACUUUUCUUCUCUAGUAUCUCUAAAACAAUUAUAUAUUAAAGGUUAUGUCUUCAAAGAAUUAGAUAAACUGCACUUGGAACCUUUGUUUGCUUUGAGAAAGCUAAAUGUCCUUGACCUUGGAAUAAAUUUUAUUAAAAGAGUUGAUAUGUCUGUCUUCCAGGCUUUUAGAAACCUCACGGAAAUAUACUUGAAAGAAAACAAAAUAUUCCCACAAACAGAAAAGCAUGUUUUUUUAAAAUCAUUUGAGAAAGAGGACUAUUUGAUCAAUUAUCAUCGUACCUUGGUGUGGAAAUACAAGUUGAACCCUCCUGUCAUAUAUUCUGAUAAAAAAAAGCAAUCAUGUGACUUCCUUCACCAGCUUUGUACCUCAUAUGGCACAGCCUUGGAUUUGAGUUUAAACAAUAUCUUCUUCAUUAACCCAAAUCAGUUUAAAGGCUUUGGGGAUAUAGCUUGUUUGAAUUUGUCUUCAAAUGCCCUUGGCCAGGCUUUCAAUGGCACUGAAUUAAUCUAUUUAUCUAAUCUCAAAUAUUUAGAUCUCUCAUUUAAUAAACUGGAUUUGACCAGUUCCUCUGCAUUUAAAGAACUACCUAACCUAGAGGUAUUAGAUCUUAGCUAUAACAAGCACUAUUUUCUAGUGACAGGUUUUGCACAUCAGCUCCUAUUUACUGAAAACCUUCCUAACUUAAAAAUUUUAAAUUUAAGCUGGAAUGACAUUUCUGCCCUAACAAAAUUUGAACUAAGGAGUGACUCCCUUCAAAAACUAGACUUCAAAGGAAACCGUCUUGAUAUCUUAUGGAAAAAUGGAGAAAUGAAUCACAUACAAUUGUUUAAGCAUCUAAAAAAGCUGACACAUCUAGAUAUCUCAUACAACAGACUUCGAAAUAUCCCCACUAGGGCUUUCCAAAAUCUGCCUCAGAGCUUAACUAAAUUGUAUAUAAAUAACAACAAAAUACAUACCCUCAGCUGGGAAAAUCUUAGAUACUUUAAGUCUCUGAAGUUGCUUGACUUAAGUCAGAACAAACUGAAGGCUGUUGAUAUCCAGUACAACUACACACAGUCCCUCCAGACUCUGCUGCUGAGGGAGAACAAGAUUUCCAGGAUUGUUGUUGGGUUGCCUGAGAGAGUCAGCAGCCUCCUGUACCUGGAUUUGAGUUAUAACGAACUGCAAGUCUUAAAUCAGUCAACUUUCUUAUCAGGACUUAUACAACAUUUGAAGGUUUUAAAAUUAAAAGGGAAUCCAUUUGACUGCACUUGCAAAAACAGCAACUUCAUAAGAUGGAUACAGAAAACCAAAACUCCGAUCUCACAAGUAGCCAGAAAUGUCAUUUGCAUGAACCCUGAGGACCAAAGGCAGCAUAGCGUUCUCUUAAUUGACCUGCAUGCUUGCAUUCUGGAUAGCGUUGCAAAAAUAUUAUUUUAUAUUUCUUUCUCCACUAUUAUUAGCAUUAUGAUGGUAGCAGUUACUAAACAUUUAUUUUAUUGGGAUGUCUGGUAUACUUAUCAUUCUUGUAUGGCAAAAAUAAAAGGAUACAAAUCUAUAACCACAGACAAAGCUCUCUAUGAUGCUUACAUCGCCUAUGAUACUCAGGAUGCAACAGUAACUGACUGGGUAAUAAAUGAACUACGAUUUCGUCUAGAGGAAAACGGAGACAAGCACGUUCUACUUUGUUUGGAGGAAAGGGACUGGGAGCCGGGAAAGGCUGUCAUUGACAACCUUGCACAGAGCAUCCAUCACAGCAGAAAGACCGUCUUUGUUCUAACCGAAAGAUAUGUGAAAAAUGGGAACUUCAAAACCGCUUUUUAUAUCGCUCUGCAGAGGCUAAUGGAUGAGAAUACAGAUGUGAUUGUGUUCAUUCUACUGGAGCCGGUGCUACAGCAUUCCCAGUACCUGAGGCUGAGGAGGAGGAUCUGCAAGAGCUCUGUUCUUGACUGGCCUAAGAAUCCACAUGCUGAAGGCCUUUUCUGGCAAAGACUAAAAAGUGCAGUGCUAACGGAUAACAGCAUGCGAGAUGAUGGGGUGUACAGUAUAUAGAAAGGGGUUACAACAGUUAGCUUCAGUUCUCAAAAAGUAACUUGUGCUUUUCAGUGCCUCAGUAUUUGGGUGCCAAAUUUUAAAUGCAUUAAAAAGAGUCCUAAUUUGAGGGGAAGGGGGGUUGUUCAGCAUUUUCUGAAAAUCAGGCUGCUCUAGGUUCUCCCUUGCUAGACAACCAACAUCACUGGUCACCUUAGAAAACUUUGGGAGGUUUUCUUAAAGUUUUAUGGGGUGUACUCUAUGGUAAGUACUUACAGUUGAAUGUACCGGUUACACUGCUAUAUUGUACUGAAGAAAGUGUGCUUUACGAGGUUAAAGUAAAAGAGCGGAUAUAAAAUCAUAGAGAUAGAAUUAAUAACAUGCACAAACUUGCUGCAUAUAAACAGUAUUUUUUUCUUUCUAUUCCUGUGCUACAUUUUUCAGUAGUGGAAGAAAGUUUAUUCUCUAACAAGGCAAUGUUUGAUCAGACAGUCACUUUUUUCUGUAUCUUUAUAGGCAAUGCAUUUAUUACAACUUUAUUCAUUUAUUUAUUGAAAUUUAUAUAAAUUUGUAUUAAUAAUGAAAUACAACAUUCUAUUAUAAAAUUUAUGUUUACAUAAUAAUUGCCUUCAGAAUGUCAACUACUUGGGGGCCAGGCCCUGCUGCAUGUAUGGCAGGUUUAAUCCUUUCUCAGGCAUGGUGCACAUUUAUGAUGCUAUCUUAAUAAUGACACUAGAAAGUUUUUUGUGGAGUUGAUGCCUUCUUUGUGUCGUUAUGUCAUUCAGACAUCUGCCAUUGCUUCAUAUUUUUUCUGUUACACUGUUAGUAAAAUGUCUUUUUAUAUAUGUAUGAGACAUUAAUUUUUAUAUGUUACACCACCUCAUGUAAAGGAACAGAUAGACUGAUUCUGGCCACUGGCCUAUGGUUCCUAAUAACCAAUCUUCCUUUUUCUGUGUUGUCAACUAUAUUUUCUUUAGAAACUGUUCACUAGUGAUUGUAAGAGUAAAUUCAAAAUUGGGCAUAAAGGUUAAUGUGCAUAUACUGAGGUAAGAAUAAAUAUCUAGGUAAAUGUAUAAUUAGGAACGUGCAAGUGUUAUUGAUACAGCAUUAUAGCUAUCAUUUGGUUCACAAACAACUGGUGCAGUAUUUCUAUACCAAGGGAGGAAAGUAGGAUUUGGCGAAGCAUAGAUUUAUACAGGUGUUUGUUGUAGCAAUGUUAUACAUGGAGAUACAUGUUUAUUUAAAAAUACAUGUUUAUUUCCAACCCCGGACAUAGUUGGAGAUGGAGAAUUUCACAUUUAAUUUCUUGCUAGCAGUGAUUUUUGAUAUGCUAGAGAAAAGGAUUUUUUGAAGGCAGACUUUCUGCUACUCUCCAAUGAUGUACAAGUCAGGCUUCUGCAACUGAUUUCCAUGGACAUGCUCUUUACCGCAAGAACGCAUUAUUAUCCAUGUAUCUCUUUCUACUAGUGAGAAUUCUUCAUUUCUGUAAGUAAAUGGUAUAGUUAUAAGACUGUCUAUUUCUAUUUGAACAAGUUGAGAACUUUCCAUUUUCACAUAUAUAUAUAUAAAAUAUAUAUAUUUUAAAGUUAGUAAAUAUCUAGCAAUUCUUAGGGUUUUUAGAAAAAACUCCAUUGUAUCCAUUGUAUUAAAAUUAACAUUUGGUUCUAAUUUUAUCACUGCUAAUCAUUUUUGCUGCUUAUCUUUUAUUCUUUAUUGAACAGACAUUGUCAAGGCUGUCAGCUCCAACAUUUGAUUUCCUACUCCACCCUGCUACAAUUUCUAUCCUUUAUUCUUUAAUUGGCAACAAAAAGAGAGGGCAUAUAUGCUGCUGAUUUCAGGUUACAGGAAUGGAGCUCACAACGAAAGCUAAGGAACAGUGCAAUAUUGAUCUGAUCCAAAGCUCACUGAGGUCAGUGGGAACCUCUCCAUUGACUUCAAUGGAUUUUGAAUCAGACUCUAAGAGCUAGCUUUUUAAAGUAGACAGACACCUAAUGGGAUUUUCAAAAGCACUCAGGCACCGAAUUGGAAGUUAGGCACCUUGGUGCUUUUGAAAAUCACACUAGGCAGCUAUCUGUAUCUUUAGAUGUCUAAAUUCAUUUAAAAAUCAGGUCCUAACUCUUUCUUAUCAGAGUCCUGGGUUGGUGAUUGCUGAAUCGCCUGAUCAAGGAGUUAGAGAUGCAACAUUGUUUAAAUUUUAACUUUUGCAGGCAGAUUGGGAAAAUGUUAGGGGCAAACAUUUUAUGAUGGAGUUGUUGAUUGCAACUCCUUUGUUAAGAUUGAGUGUUCAGUAUAACAGGAGCAUUAAAACUAUUUGAUUACAUUCUCAAUAAAAUAGCAACACACAAAAUAUAGAAAGUAAACUUUCGGAACUAUCUGUAUUUUUCCUGGGGAUUUGAUGAAAACUGGUUUGAUACAGAAAGAAUAAUAAGAGCUCCAAAAUGACCCCUCUUUUUUGAAGUUUUUCACCUUAUUGUUUCACCUUUUUUCUGGAUGCUCUUUAAAAGAAAACAAAAACAGUCUGGGAUCUGCAUUUCAUUCUUCUGUUCAUUUAGUGAUUAAUACAAUGGCAGUUAUACAUAAGGGAGUUUAACCUGUGUCAUGAUUUGUAAUUUCCUACAUAACCGAAAAGAAAUGUGCUAAUCUGUGCUUGUUGUGUGAUUAAUUCAGUGAUG